UAUUUCUAAGAUUUAUAGCAAUUAAUAUAUGACAUUAUGAGUUGUGACAAGAUGACAAAGGCAAAGGCAAAGAAAGAAUGAAAUCUAUCUUCUUAUCCGCAACCCAACAAACCAAUAAGAAACCAUGUCCAGCCGCGAGAGUCAAGUAAUCUUAUAAACUGUGACAGAUUUACACCACUCACUGAAAAAGAGAAGAAAAAAGGCAGGGAGUGGUAUGGCUGCCGUACUAGGAACUUCAUCAACCGCAAUCUUAGCUUCUCGGUCUCUCGUUUCUGCUUCCUCAAAGCUUGCCAUUCCCUCUAUCUCCAUUAACUCAGGGCAGAGUUCUGGAAGAAAGUUUUACGGAGGGAUUGGGAUUCAGGGAAGGAAGGGAAGGCCACAGUUUCAUAUCGCAGUAGCUAAUGUUGCCACUGAGAUUAACUCUGUUGAACAGGCUCAGAAGCUUGCUGCUAAAGAAAGUCAGAGACCAGUGUAUCCAUUUGCUGCUAUAGUAGGACAGGAUGAGAUGAAAUUGUGUCUUCUGUUGAAUGUGAUUGAUCCCAAGAUUGGAGGUGUUAUGAUCAUGGGUGAUAGGGGAACUGGGAAAUCCACAGCUGUUAGGUCCUUGGUUGAUUUAUUGCCCGAAAUCAAGGUAGUGUUUGGUGACCCUUAUAACUCAGACCCGGAAGAUCCAGAAUCAAUGGGUAUAGAAGUCAGAGAGAAGAUUACAAAAGGAGAGGAACUGACAAUUACAAUGAGUAAAAUCAACAUGGUCGAUUUGCCAUUGGGUGCUACUGAAGAUAGGGUCUGUGGAACCAUUGACAUUGAGAAAGCCCUCACUGAGGGUGUAAAGGCAUUUGAGCCUGGGCUUCUUGCUAAAGCCAAUCGAGGGAUUCUUUACGUGGAUGAAGUUAAUCUUUUAGAUGACCACUUGGUGGAUGUUCUUUUGGAUUCUGCUGCCUCAGGAUGGAAUACAGUUGAGAGAGAAGGUAUUUCCAUCUCACAUCCUGCACGGUUUAUUCUGAUUGGCUCAGGUAAUCCAGAGGAAGGGGAGCUUAGACCACAGCUUCUUGAUCGGUUUGGAAUGCAUGCUCAAGUGGGGACUGUGAGGGAUGCUGAACUUAGAGUGAAGAUUGUAGAGGAGAGAGCUAGGUUUGACAAAAACCCCAAAGAAUUCCGUGAUUCUUACAAGGCAGAGCAAGAGAAGCUCCAACAACAGAUUGCCUCAGCUAGGAGUUCUCUUUCUUCUGUUCAGAUUGAUCAUGAUCUAAAGGUUAAAAUAUCCAAGGUUUGUGCUGAGUUGAAUGUCGAUGGAUUGAGAGGAGAUAUUGUGACUAAUAGAGCUGCAAAAGCUCUUGCUGCUCUAAAGGGAAGAGAUAAAGUCACUGCAGAAGAUAUUGCCACUGUCAUUGCCAAUUGCUUGCGGCACCGUCUUCGUAAGGAUCCUUUGGAGUCAAUUGACUCUGGUUUACUUGUCCUUGAGAAAUUCUAUGAGGUUUUUGUCUGAGAGAUGCAUAAGAAAGUCCUUUUUCUA